ACUCCUGAUAUAACACCAAAGCCAGUGUUUACAAGUACAAAGGUCAAACCAUGAAGAGGCUGUGUCCAGUCAUUUACCAACGUCUACUAAGCAUUACUUAUGGUGGAUUUCUGUUAUAAAAGCAUUUUCUUUUAAAUGAAUGUUCAUAGCCAUUUUUAGAAUUAAACUUUUCAUUUUGCUGAAUGGAGUUUAGAUGACAAUUGAAAGGUUUCUAUGCUGAACGAUUUUCACUGAGCUUUAGGAAUAUGUACAUUCAGCAUUCUGGGAGCUUUUUGGGGGGAAAACCCCUCUAAAAAUCAUCUGGUACUCUUGGACUUCAUAUUCAGCAGAUCAGAACAGAGAUCAGCUUGCUCUGGGACCUUCUCUCUUUCUCCGUUUACCUGUAGAAAGCUUCAACGCCGGGUCCAGUCUGGCAUGUUUUACACUCAUUGAGACCCUCUGUUAGAAGGAAAAGAUGCAGUGUGGAAAUGGGACAAUAAUAACCAGGAGUAAAAAAUAAUUGCUCAUCUUUUUAAAAAUGGAGACCAGCACCUGGCAGAUCACUGGGGUGUUAAACUUGCUGUUGUUUUUCUGGCCAUGUGUGAGCACACAGUCCUGUCCAGCCAGGCCAAACAUAUCAGAACUGGACAGUCCUGAGUAUUGGCCCAUCCAAAAAACACAGUCUGGGACGAAUUAUAUGUCAUCCAUUGUGCAUUCCUUUCUCAACUCUGUGCAACCUAAUCUUUUCCCUAAAGAUCUUUUGGUUGGAAUAUUAGUGAAUGAAUCCAUCACAAAGGAGGAAACAUUAGAAAAGGUUUUGCAGUAUGAGGCAGGUUUCCUGGUAUGUGUGUUUAUUGGGAUCCUUUACAUUGUCCUCAUGCCCUUAAUUGGGCUAUGUUUUGCGUGCUGCCGUUGCUGUGGAAACUGCGGGGGACGCAUGUACCAGAAGCAGACGAUGAGUAUCAACUGCUGGAGAGGGACCUUUUACUGGGGCACAUUUUUCAUCACCCUCGUUAUACUGGCAGGAAAUGUUUGCAUGUUCCUAAGCAAUAAGUUCAUUAAUGACAGUGUGGAUUCUGGUCCAGAGGAAAUCAACAAUGCUGUAAAAAAUGUGCAGAGCUACGUCACAACUGUUCCCAAGCAAAUUGACACAGUGCUAAAUGAGAGCAUUGACACUGUGGAGGGUGUCAGAUAUCACAUAAAUGGAAUUGGAAAUUUGCUUGGGAGAGAUAUCCAAAAAGCUAUAGAACCUCGUCUUAACCUAGCCCUGGACUCUGUGACAGUGGUGGCUCAAGAGAUCAGCAAUUGCAGUUUAUUACUCAGAAAUCUGGAUGGUGUUCAGUCAAGGCUGCAGACAGACCUAAACUAUCUGCAGUCUAACCUGACGUCAGUGAAAAAUCGCAUUAACAACACACUGAGCAAGCCAGAUUGCUUACACUGUACAACAUUUCAGUCGGAGCUGAGCAACCUGUUCCUGGACACAGACUUAAGUUCUGACAGUCUCAACCAUUUCAGGACGGCUUUGAAUGACACUGAGAAAGCUGAUCUAAACGCACAGAUAAAGAAAGGGGAAGACUUUUUAAAAAGCAUUCCUGAAAAGGUGACAAACGAAACAAGAGACAGUGUGCAGGGAGUUCAACAGCAACUGCAGGACAUAAAGCUCCAAAUUUCACAUGUUGGCAAAGAUAUUCCAACUUCUGAACUAACCAGCAUUGCCAACGAACUGAACAAUGUGCAGAAUUAUGCCAAGCAGUACACACCUGAAGCGAAAAAGGCAGAGCAUAUCAGGUGGAUUGUUGCAUUGAUCCUGUGCUGCCUGGUCCUGUUGGUGGUGGUGUGUAAUCUCUUCGGUUUGCUGCUUGGCCCAGUAGGACUAAAGCCUAAAGUCGACCCAGCUCAUCGCUCCAGGACAUCGAACUGUGCUGGAUUAUUUCUCAUGUCUGGUGUUGGCUUUACCUUCUUGUUCUCCUGGAUUCUUAUGAUAGUAGUGAUGAUUCUCACAGUUGUCGGGGGUAACACUUAUGCCCUCAUCUGUGUGCCAUGGCAGACCCAGCAACUCUUUCAGCUUAUUGACACUCCAGGUGUGAUCCCAGGAUUCCAGCUGUCUAAAUAUCUAGGACUUAAAACUAAUCUGACAAUCAGAGAAGUUUAUAAUAAUUGCCACAUAAAUAGUUCCCUGUGGACCACACUGCACCUGGAGGAGAUUAUUAACCUCAAUGACUUUCUUAACAUCUCCAAAUAUACAACAGAGAUACAGCAGACGCUUGAGAAAAAUAAGAUAACGUUACCCAAAAUCACUCUGCUGGAUUCAAACACACAGAAUCAGCUGUACAACUUCUCAUCAACAGCCAGCAGUGUAAACGUCAGUGACAUCACCCAGAAGACUGCUGCAAUUUUAGCAACUAAUUUCAAUGUAAUUGCAGAUCAUCUGGAUAGCUUGGCUAAUAAUCAGACCAACAGCAGUAUUAAAGAUGAACUUCUGAGUGAAUCAAGAGAGCUGAGAGCCUUGCAGACUUAUAUGAAUGUCACUAUCAGCCCUUUGGUGGUGCAAAUGGACUCCUUAAUAAACAAUUUCACUGACAUGACAUCACAGUUUAAUAAAACUGUGGAAAAUGCUCUGGACAACGUCAGCAGUGCUCAACAGUUUCUGAACAAAAACACAACAGAAAUAGUGAAAUCAAAACUGACUGAUUUUGUAGACUGCCAGAUACAAGUCUUCACAAGUUUUACAAACUGGGCAAAUCAAACAAUCACGGAGGAGGUGGGUCGCUGUGGGUCAGUAGCUGCUGCUGUCGACUCAGUAGAGAAUCUACUGUGCUCACAGUUGCUGAACUCUGUGAAUGCAUUUUGGUUCAGUUUGGGCUGGUGCAUAGCCUUCUUCAUCCCCAGCAUUAUUCUUUCAGUCAAACUGGCAAAGUUCUACCGCAGGAUGAAGUACACAGAUGAGUUUGAGAAUUUUAUGAUGACUCCUAUUCCACGAGUUACUUUAAAACCUUAUGAAUAAAAAGGGACAAACUGUUUUAUAAAUUUACUGUUGCAGCUGUAAGAACUUGAAUGUUGCAUUUUCUCCCUUCAUGUCUUGAGAAGCAAGAUUAAAACACUGGAUGAUACAAAAAUGUGGGGAAUCAUGCUCUUUGGAUUGUGCACAUUCCAGACAUGGCUUGGAGAUACUGUUAUUUGUAUCUCUAGCCAUUACUAUAAUAUCAGGGUUCACUGAGCCUUUGGAAAAUAAUGGAUUCCAUUUGCACUUAGCUCAGUGAUUAUAAUGUACAGUGGUACCUUGAAACUCAAUGUCAAUUGGUUCUGGAAGUGGAGUUUAAAAGGCGUUGAGUUUUAAGGUAUUUUUUCCCAUAAGGAUGUAUGGGGAAACCUGUUAAUGUGUUCCAUGGUCCUGUGGACUUGCAUGUAUUUUAAGCAUAUAUAAAAUAAUGGGGUUGUUUUUGACACUUACACACUGAAAAUAACACAACACUGAAUUAAAAAGGCUAAUUCUUACAAUUUCUCAGAAUCCCAAGCUGUAACACAAGUUUAAAAGUGAAACAGUGAGGACAAUCCAGCUAAACAAAGGUACAUGUGGAGCUUUCAGAGUGAAUCUGAUGGUUAUUCACACAAAUAAAUACAGUUUUAAAACACAAACUGAACCUGUUGAGUUUAAGGGAAACGUUGAGUUUCAGGGUACAAAUUUCUCGAUGAAGGGCAUUGAGUUUUAAAGAUUAUGAGUUUAGGAGACGGUGAGUUACAAGGUACCACUGUAUUUACAAGAUAUGGCCAAAAGUAUGUGGACACACAUUCUAAUUAUUGAGUUUAGGUGUGACAGCACACCCAUUGCUUACUAGUGUAUAGUUUUUUGUAUACUAAAUAAAUGAACAUGACUUAUAUUUAACAAAUUAUGUGCUUUCAAUUUUGUGGCAACAAUUUUGGGAAGGCUCUUUCUGAUUACAGCAAACAAGAUCCAUAAAGACAUAGUUCGUCUGUGCAGGUCACCGGACUUUUGUGAUUAAACAGGCAUGAAUUCUCACCAACACACUCCGAAAUCAAACCUGAAAGAAUAUUACUAUUGUUUUCCUACAUGCGCCGGAUCAGACGUCCACAGACUUUUGGUUAUAUAGUAUACAUGUCUAAAAUAUGUAUGUUUGAUUAAUACUUACAAACUGGAAUGAAAGCACUCUACCCUAUGCUUCAUGCAUUAUUUUAAACUUUGGUUUUAAAUGUUUUUUCUCUUUAUAAAUGACAGUGCUGACAUUUGUACAUUGUAAUUACCUAGAUUUCUUUCUUCCAACUCCCUCUCAACCCAGUUCAAUAAAACAUCUUUCCUAC